AUUACGUUCUCUGUAGAGGAAGAAAUGCAACAAGAGGACAGAGUGGGAGCUAACAGGCAGAGACUCAGUGGAAGGAGAGACUGAGACAUCUUGUCCGUCCUAAACCUGCAUGAAGCUAACACUGCUAGUGAUCAGACCACCAUGCUGCCCUGGAGGAUGGCCAUCAUCGCUCUUUUCUACUGCUGCAUCAGAACAGGUGUCACACGAAGUCGGUCUAAAGCCUUGUUCCCAGCUGCAAGCAGAAUAAAGCGCGGGGUGGCGAGUGUGUUGAACCCCACCUUUCACAACUCAUUUAGCGAUGUGCAUCUAUUGUUUGAGAUCCUGCUGGCUGGCGUACACUUUGAGGACAGUGGAGAGUUUUCAGUACAAGAUGCAGAGCUGGCUUCCCUCCGCAAGACAAGGAAGCUGGAAGUCAUCUGUGAGGACGUCAUUCCCAGGAAGCUAACAGCUGUAUUUAGGCUCAUCUCUGACCUUUCAGAGUACACUGGUCACCUGCAUCAGGACGAUUUUGAACGCACCCUGAUGACCUUGGUAUACACCGCACACGAGAUGUUCAAUUCCACUUCUGAAUACCAUCGAGACAUGUGGACUGAGUCAUUUGUUAGCUUGUACAAAGCAAUCAAGAAGGAUCUGACAGGGACAAACUGAAGUGAUACACAAUGGCUCUGUGUUGGAGUUUAAUAAUAAAAACUUGUUGGAAGGAAAAUAUCCAUUGAGAUUAAUGGGUGGUCCUUCUUCAACCUGGUCUCACAGGAAUCCGUGAAAUAGCCACGGAAUCACUCAAAUUUUCCGUGAAAUACACACGGAUUUCGCUACAAUGCAGAGUUCCUAUGGGUUUGUGUCCAAGUCAUGUGACUUUCAAGAUUCCGGAAGUCAGAACAAAAAACAUGGCGGACAGUUCUCACAUUUUUUGUGAAAAAAAUCAAUAUUUUGACUUAGCUUCUGCAUAAAAAUGAGUUUUGAUGACAUUUCUAGCAAGAAAUAUAUGUUUUAUUUUCUAAAUAUUCACUCAGUGAAUGUACAUAAUCUCGUUGUCGUGAAGAAAUUUGAAAUUU